CGCAGGUGGUGUUCAAGGGUAGCUUGACCACCUCGAACCCUUUUUUUCGUCGGCUCCGUUGACCCAAGGGUACUGCAACCGCCACCUGGCUCAACUUCUCAAGUGCUCGGCUCCUCAGCAAAAAUACAUCAUUCGAUUGGGCUGGGUCAGGCAAAUAUCAGCUCAUACAUCAAUAGACAUCCCGAUCAAUUGCUUCGCUUUUUUAUAUGUCCGCUUUUCGAAUUCCUGGCCGCUCUCAGACCUUUCGCUCUGCUCUUCAAGAUUUUUCACCAUCAGCUCGCCGGAUGAACACAACAAGAGUCGAUUUGAAUUCUGAGCCGGCUCGGUUGCCGGAGCUACCACGAUUACCGGUCCCGCCCUUGGAGCAAUCCGCCAACUUAUAUCUGCGUUCCAUCGUUCCGGUUCUAUUGCAAUCGAGUGGCGCUGAUUUCGAGAAAGAAUAUGAACGCCGUCAAGUUUGGGCUUCCCAACUAUGCGCCCCUGGUGGUCUGGGCCAACGACUACAGGAUCGUCUGAUCGAUAUCGACAGGAACUCCCCAAACAAUUGGCUGGAUGAUAAUUACUGGAUGAAGCUCGCCUAUCAUUCCGCCAGAUCUCCUCUUCCGGUCAAUUCGAAUUGGUGGAUCCUACUCAAACAUGAUCGCGAUAUCCCUGCUGCUGUCAUCGAGAGUGUCCCCGAAACCGGCCGAUUCACCGAUUGGCAGCUCCGACGGGCUGCGACCCUAAUCCAUCGAUUCAUGAUUUUCAAAGAAAUGCUUGAUCGUCAAGAAAUCAUUCCAGAUUCAUCACGUGCAGCUCGUUGGCAACGUCAUUGGAUGCUCGAUAGCCUCUACGGUAUCACUCGAAUACCUAAUAAACCCCACGAUCAUCUCAAUAUACCUAAAAGAACCGCUCGUCACAUCCUUAUCCUCGCUCGUGGUCAUAUCUACUCUCUCGAUAUCCUUGCCCCUGAUCAUUCUCUUCUUCCGGCCAAGCAAAUCGAAGCAAGUUUAUGGUCAAUCGUCAACCAUGUCACCCUUCAUGCAGCCGCAGCUCCCAUCGGAUCUCUGACCGGAUUAGAUCGAGAUCAAUGGACUGAUGCCCGAGAACAUCUCUUGAGUCUUAGCCCGACGGUCAAUAGGGAUUCAUUGUCGAAGAUUGAAGAUGGGUUGUUUGCCGUGUGUCUCGAUGAUUCCACCAGGCCGGCAGGUUUGCAAGGGCACAUCCGGACAGCUUCGACAAACUACGACGGAUUGAAUCGUUGGUUCGACAAAUCCUUUUCAUUUAUCGUCGAAAACAACUCGAGAGCUUCCGUCUCUGGUGAACACUCUCCUAGCGAUGCCCUGAUCGCUGCGAUCAUCACCGAUUUCGUCCUAGCCGAAGGCGUCGGUCCGGGUCUCUGUGACCCCAGUGUGAAAGCCGCCAGUCACGAUCCCGAAAACCACAGUUGGAAGAAGCUCGAAUGGGUCACCGAUCAAAGAAUAUCUCGAUUCAUUCAAGAGUCCAAGUCGACGGUAGAAGCGAUCUCCAAGGAUAGCGAUUGCGACCUGCUGAUCUUCGAGCAAUACGGAAUCGAAUAUAUCAAACGCUCUGCCAGACAUUCUCCAGAUGCUUACAUCCAAAUGGCUAUCCAAUUGGCAUGGUUUCGUCAAGUGGGCACGGUGGUAUCAACCUACGAGACCGGUCUCACAAGGCUAUUCAAGCAUGGGCGGACGGAGACGAUCCGAACUCUCAGUAGCGAGAGUUAUGCAUGGGUGAAAGCGAUGGAUAGUGAAGAAGACUGUCAUUUGGUCUACAACUUGUUUGUCCAAGCGAUUUCGGCACACAACUUCUACACCAAGCAAGCCAGUCUUGGCCGUGCCUUCGAUCGUCACUUCCUAGGUCUUCGGCUCCAGCAUCGGCCCUCGGAAGAUGGUGCCUUGCCGGAGCUGUUCACCGAUCCUGUGUUCGCCGAGAGCUCGGAAUGGCAACUCAGUACCAGUGGCAUCAGUGCCGGCGAAAGGUUUAUAGGCACCGGGUUUGGAUGCUUCGGAAAGGGAUAUGGAAUUAACUAUAUCGUUGCUCCUUCCAGGAUCACAUUCGGAAUCGAAACUAAACAUUCGGAUCCUAGAACUUCAGCAACCCAAUUCAAGCAGUAUAUUGCUCAAGCUCUCAAGGAUAUCCGAAUCUUGUGCCAACGGGCUACCGGUAAAAUUCCCCACCACAGUAGUCCUUCUGACUCCACUCGGUCAGAAUCCAAACUAUAGAGACAACCCUUGUUCUAGUUUCUUGUUGCCUUAUAACUAUCUCUUGGGAUAUUUCUUAUGUAUUCCCUUCCUCAGUCCUUCCAAGGCCGAUGAGUCUAUUCGUUUCUCGAUCAUCAUCCACCUGUAAAAUAAAAUCGUAAUCCUGAGAUGAGAUGUCGCUCGGCCUUGACUUUUCUUCUUUCUUGCUUUAUCUAUAGAAUACUUGUUAUCUAUUGAUUCCCCUUCUCUUCUCCACUCCAGGAUCCCUCGAUCACUAGAAUAUACAUUUGUUCAGGACUCUCAUCCUCCGAACAGUUAUGUAUUCUCCCAUUUCAUUUCAUUUCAUUUUUUUUUUUUGGAUUGAUUUUGAUCGCGCAAAGAACCGAAGCCAAAACGAGCC